GGGCGCCCGAUGGAGCGCGGGCCGGCGGAGCGGGGACGGUGCGGGUGGCGGCGGUCGCUGGGGUUCAGCUCCUGCCCCGCUUAGGCCUGGGCGGCGGGCGCGCCCGGGCGGUAGAAGCGGAGCCCAGGGCCUGAGCUCCGGGAGCCGGUGAGGAGUGGGGCUGCCCCCGGUCCGCGUUCGGUCCCGAUCAUCGGCGCGCCACCAGCUGCGUCCCGGGAAGCGGCAGCGUGAAAACACCCGGGAGAUGCUGAAGAGUACCAGGGGAUUUUAAUUAAACCAUAAACAUGAAGAAAUUAAAGCUUAAAGAACUGGAAAGCUGUCUUCAACAAGUUGAUACUUUUGAAAGUCCAAAACUACUCCUUGAACAGUAUCCAACAAGACCUCAUAUUGCAGCAUGUAUGCUUUAUACAAUUCACAAUACUUUUGAUGAUAUUGAAAACAAAACAAUUGCAGAUUUAGGAUGUGGUUGUGGCAUGCUCAGCAUUGGAAGUGCAAUGUUAGGAGCAGGAUUCUGUGUGGGGUUUGACAUAGAUGCAGAUGCACUGGAAAUAUUUAAUAGCAAUAUUGAAGACUUUGAGCUCACGAAUGUCAACAUGGUUCAGUGUGACAUCUGUUCUUUAUCUGACAGCAUGUCAGAUACUUUUGACACAGUUAUUAUGAACCCUCCGUUUGGUACCAAGCAUAACAAAGGAAUUGAUAUGAUUUUUCUGAAAACUGCUCUACAAAUGGCAAAAACAGCUGUAUAUUCCCUUCACAAAACUUCAACACGACAGCACAUUCAAAAGAAAGCAGCAGAAUGGGAAGUGAAGAUGGAAGUCUUAGCAGAACUUAGGUUUGACUUACCAGCAUCCUACAAGUUCCAUAAGAAGAAAUCAGUUGACAUUGAAGUGGAUUUCAUUAGAUUUUCUGCCAAAAAGUCCUGAACUGAGGCAUGUAUUUAAAAUCUGUUGGAAAUGGAACAAUAAAACCACUAAUUUUUUUAAUUCUUU